UGUAGCGCUGUAUUCCGCAACGGAACAGAUUGAUUUUUUAAGCAGAUAGCAUUCAAGUGACCCAGUGCUAAUCUAUCACUUAGUGUUAUUACAUAUAAUUCAAGUCUUCAAUGCAGUUUUCGUUCGGAUGAGUAUGCAUUCAAUGCCAGAUAUCUGAGGCCAUCAGUGAGGCCCAUGACCGCCGCCAGCAGCGUGAGGCCCGCAGGAGAGGCACCUCAGGGCUGCCGAGGCCCCGUCAGCUGCUCCCCCUCAGGAGGGGACGAUUGUACCCAGGAAAAUUUCCAGCGACUUCGCGUGGGGAAGAAGGAAGAACUGCUCGAGGACGAUGAGGAGGACGAGGCUUACGGGGAGGAGGUUGAGGAAGAGAAAGAUGGGCAGGAGGAGGUAUUGAUCGUAGGACAACAGCAGCAGCACCAGCAGCAGCAGCAGCAGCAAGGACCUCAGCAGCAGCUGGUCGGUAGUGUUGGUCGGGGCCGUGCGACAGAAGGAAGGCCCCACGACCAUGACUCGUGUGACGUGAACCCCCCCGAUGACGAUGCCGGUCGUGUGCAAUGUAGUGACGUGAUGACCAGUAUGAUGAAGACGGCUGGAGUUCUCAUCACUUCGGAAUGUCCCAGACAUUCUUCGUCCUCCGGCUCUUCCUCGUUGUCUAGGACCGAGGAAUACAUUUCCUCUUCUUCAUCUUCAUCUUUAUCCAGAAGCGACGAGUGUCCCUGGCAUUCGUCCUCCGCCGUGUCGAGAAUUGAAGAAUUUAACGACGAAUGCCCCCGUCAUUCCUCUUUAGGCUCUAGAAAUGAGGAGUAUUCCUCAUCAUCUUCAUCCCUACCCCAAGGAACGACUCGGUCUUCCUCUAGUUCCUCAGGAUCCAUGGCGCCGCCUCUGCGCUCUGCGCUGAAGCCACAAGGCAGCCACCGCAGCAAGGGGCAUCACCACCGCGUGAGCUUCAACGAGGCCAGGAACCAGUUCAGGGAGCCUGAUUAUGUGAUCCUCUUCCAAGGGGAAGGUGGGGAACCUCAACUUGUGUCCAUCAGGUCCUUAGAACUUGGGGACCUCCCACCACCACCUCCUCCCGUGUCUGACGCCCUGCCGUUGUCACCUCCUGAUGGGUACAAGGACUGUUUCAACAGAGCCCUGCGACACCUGUUGCCUGAUGAUGCGGAGGAAAACGUGGCAGUACAGCUGUGGUCAGAAGUGCACGCUCCGACAUGUCCCCGGUCCAACCUCCCCGACGUCGUGUCAUCUCAGCGGACCAAUACGCGACCCACUCCAGACUCCAUUCGUGUCCAAGACCUGCACCAGGACGACGAUGUUGAUAAACAAGGAACAAGGACAGGCAUCUUGAAAAACGGGAAGUUCUGGAAGCGUACCGAGUUUAAUAAGAGAAAUGUUGUACUGAAAGAUGAUUCGCAAAGAAGGUCUGUGAGGUUCUCCGGUAGGGAUGAAUGCACGACUUUUGAAAACAGUCAUGGUGAUGAGAGCGGAGCUUUCGUAAACACAUCCCCCCGACUACAGGAACUUAGUAUGCUUUUAGGGAAGGAUCCAUGGCAGCUUGACUUGGGUUCUUCGGCACAUGAUCACCCCCUGCAUUAUCACCAGGACUCAGUCGAAGCGUCGAAACUUCAGGGUUUUGAUGUGUGUGAGUUGGAAGACGAUCACAUAGCCGAGUCAGUGAAGCGUUAUGAAGAAAUUCGCCGUCGGAUAGCUGCAGGUGAAGGCCGCAGGAAUGUGGAUGAAAACGAUGAUACGGAAGUAUUAGAAGAUCAUCCCCCAGUAGAUCCAGCAACCGCAGAAUCAAGAAUUCGAAGGUUAGAAAACUCCGACGUCGCUCAUGGAGCUGGUGGUGUGAUGAGAAGUAAUAGCGAAUUGCGUCGUGCAAUUGAACAGAAUGCCCUGAGAAGAUCGUUAAUCAAGUUCUCCGAUGCUCGCAAGAAAGAUACUAAUAAGAACGACAAAAACGAAAAACAGGGCAGCUCUGUCCUUGAAAAAUUGAAGUGGCUUACAGCUACAGAAGAUUUAACGAAUGGUAACUCGGAUGAUCGUUCGUAUUCAGCAAGUGCAGAAGAUGAUACGAUGGAUGAACGUCUUGCGAGUUCGACGAUGUCGCGGGAAGAUGAUGAUACCACCAUCAGAAACCAGCAGCAGGUUGUCGGUGGUGCCAUGCAAUACCGCCAACUUGCUGAAAUAUUCAACAAAAGCACGUCAAUGAGAAGUGACGCUAAGACGACAAGUGAUGUUGCGCGGGAGAGACAUUAUGAAUCGGAGGUCGGGCAGUCUGGCUGUGGUGGAGCUGACUUCGGGUUAGACACGCCAACAUUUACAGCCUCCCCUGUUGUUUCUUUUAAUGAGUUAACGAGUGACGAUGAAAAUGACAAACUUCUAUAUAGCGGGGGCGUCAGGUAUACUAGAGAAGGCACUCUAAUGCCACCUCGCAGAAAAGAGCUCUAUGUCAAUAAAAUUUUAGGGAAAGUAAGCAAAUACACAUUGAACGACAUAGACGAAGUUCUACAUGACGAUCGUUCGUCUUCGGUGCCUUCGUCUUCCCAGUCGUCACCGCGACUAUCUGGGAGAAGCGAUGUGGAUGGCACGAGUACCACGGAAAGUGGUUAUGGUAGCACUGAGGUUAACGGUGAGCACUUUUCUUCUGCGCCUUCAGAUGAGUUGGCUGAGUUUGUGCGACAAGACGCGGCGCGGCUCCAGAGGCUUCGGCUCAGAUACCAAGACUCUGAUGACCAGGACCACGGUUUCAGCAGCCGACCGGCAGUUAAAGGUAUUAAGCCGAGAUUUGAGCAUCUGGACUCCCUUCAGCUACAAACGUCCACACUUCCUAUCAAAGGCACUCAGCACAGUGCAGGAAGUUCGUACGGAACGUGGCAAGGCAGAGAGUUGCAGCGUUCAAACCAAUUACCUUCCCUGCGCGAAGAUAUGCCGUAUUCCAAUGUUAAUCAUCAUAGUGACCAUAGGGACUGCCCAGAAGAUGCCCGUGGCCAUUUCGACUAUUCAUACAACACUGACGCGAACAUAACGAUGCCUACUGGAGUUUGUGUUCACAUGCCCCUUAAUGCAGAAGUCGAUCGAUCGCGUGAUUCGACUUUAGAAAGACACUAUAAACCCGGAGAAACUUUUUUCGUUUCUGGCGACCAUAGAAAUCCUAUGAGUUGCCCCUUGGCCCAUGAUCCGAUGCACCAAAUAAAUGAUCGAAAUAUACCUUUGCAAAAUAGGCACGAGUUGCACCGGACGGUCUCUUCGGGCCAAUUUGGUUCGACGCAAUCGCUGCAAGCGGCCACAUCACGAAACCACCAUCCUUCAUGUGCGGCCAGAAGACCCAUGUCUCUGCAUGAUCAAAUGCUCAGAGACGGACAAUCAGAUCCGGCAACUAGACCAACUGAUUUGCCUGGCAGACCGCAUUCUAGCCUCGGACAAUACUCUGGUACUCAGUAUAUGGAAGACCAAAUGACCGAGAACAGAACUCAUCAACCUCUGAACAUUCGAGGGUCGUUCCCCGGGAAUCCACCCUCUGUUAACUCACCAUUACAAUAUCCUGAAAAUUCGCUACCUCACCGUAUCGUUUCUGCAACGCAAGGCAAGCAUCCGCAUAGUCCUCAUGAAAUACUGUCGCCGAGUCAAUCAUCACCAGUGGGCACCGGGGGCAUUUCUUUGAUGGCGUGUUACCCUAAACUACAGCAGAGAUCGGCGUCGGCUGCAACCAACCGUUGUUACUCAAACCAAUGGAACACCAAUUCCCGUGGGUCAUCGUCGGUGCCAAGCCAUCUCAGCUACACAACUCCUAUUGAGACCGCGUCAAUGCCGAAGCAGUUUUCCGACGUACUUUCAAAGGUGGACAUAUUGCGCGAUGAAAGAGGAGUACCUGAAGGAGCGUCAUCAUCACCACGCAGUUCUUAUGAUGCGCUGUACACUGGUCAGCUUUCUCCUCCUAGGUGUUCGGGCCAGGUAUCUCCCCCUAGAUAUUCUGGCCAUGUAUCUCCCUCUAGGAGUUCUGGUCACGUUUCUCCCCCUAGGUACUCGGGCCAGGUAUCUCCUCCUAGAUAUUCUGGUCAGUUAUCUCCACCUAGAUAUUCAGGCCACAUUUCAACACCUCGAUAUUCAGGUCCAGGUUCACCAACACGAGACCACGGCUUGAUGGUCCGGCAGUCGGUGCUUCCUGUGGACCUCAGCUCCUGAGACUUGGCAUCGCUGGAGCUGCAAAACACUACGGCGACAACGACAAUCUCUGUGUAGACCUUCUUUCCGAUCUUUUCUCUGGCCAUUGAUUUUUUUUUUGCAGCAUUCGUUAUCUUAAAAGUCGAAGAACCGUUUCAGUUUGCUAUUUUCUAUCUCUUCAUAUUUUGUACAAUUUGUUUGAACGACUCAAUAGCAUCUAAUUUUUUUAUCUGCCUAUGAGCUUAAAAUUAUUUGUUAGAUUGUGUUUGCAAAUAUCGAAAUGUGUAUUUACGUUUUAAACUUUCCAUUUUAACAACAUUUAUUGCGAUAUACAUUUGAGUAAAAGUAGGUGGAGUCGAACAAAUUUCACAUAUUUUUGACUUGUAAUGCUUCUUUUUCUCAUUGUUUGAAGGCGUUAAAUAAAGUAGGAUGCUAGUUCGUGAGACGUAUAGUUCACUGAGCUCAAUCCUCACUCAUAUCCUUGCCUCUAUAUAUGAUCUAGUCGGAAUGUACUGAAGUCAACUAGCAGCUCGAGACGAACGUUGCCCGCUUGUAGUAUACGCGCUAUUACUUCACGUUCAAGCAUUGAAUUAGGGAAUCAUCCAAGUAUGAAACAAAAUUGCUUUUAGAGGCUGAUAAUCUUACCGUAUUUCACUUUUGAACCAAAUAAUGCUUCUGAAUGCGAGCCCUCCAGGGGAAAGGUUUUCCAUCGACCGUUUCGCAACAGUCUGUUUACUAGUGUUUCCUUUUUCUCUUUACAUAAUUUCAAUCAAAUUAUGAAAUCCAGUGAACUUGAUUGCAUUUUACCUGAGGAUAUAAUCAAAAUUUCGGAGAAAGUUACGAUAAUUCAUGAGGAUAUUGCCUGAUCUUUUGAGAAUUUUUCAAUGCUUGAACUGAGAGGUAGCGCACCCAUGUUGAUUUGUUGGUCUAGAGUAUGGAGCUAGCGUCUCCGCUUCAAAAUGGACUGGUUCCAUGCAUUUCUAUUCGUUGAUCUCCGAAGACUUGAACAAUGUACAUGUACUGCCCGGCUUAGUGAAAACUCAGGCAAGAAAUACCUAUAUAGAAGGCCAGUAAAUUAGUCGGCUUGGGUGGUAUAUGGAUGAACUAGCGUGCGUAUCUCGAAACCAAAGACAUUUACUCGGAAUCGAAUUAAAUGGAUAUUGUAUACCGGAUGGUAUAUAUGUAUAAGCACAUGAUGUCAGUGAAUCAACCAAGUGAUGUCACGUUUUGGAAUCAGCUGAUGUUCAGCAAGAUAGAAUAUUGAAUUCUUUGAACCUACUGAUGGAGUGAUCUCAGUUGUGUUUAAAUCACUUUUCUGUUGCAUCUGGAACUGUUUCCUGAACCUUAUUAUGAGCUUUACGUUGUAAAAACGGUGAUACUCGCGUGAUGUCAAAGUCACCUAGUAAUCAGCGUUACAUCUAGUCAUUUCCAAAGGCCCUAUAUACGGAAGUAGUAUAUUACUCAUCACACAAAGAUGAAUGCGGAUAGGGAAAAGCACAUGUGGUUCAUUAUAACUUCUUUAUUGCUCAGCGUCUGAAAGAAUAAAAAUACGUUAAUUUAUUUUAUUCUAGGUUCUAACUCCACUUAAACUUAAAAAUGGGCUAUGUAACUUUUGUGGGUUUAAAAAAGAAGGCCUCGACGAAAAUGAUUUAUCACUGGCAUUAUUUUAUUGGCAGUCUUCCGCCUUUGUUGAGAAUACUGUGCUGUGUAUGUGGUUCUUUUGCAAUUAAAUUUUUAUACUUAAUAUUUUAAUAUUAAUUACAUUACUCUGAUGCGUUACCAUAUUGAUUAAGUCAGUGUCCUGAAGAUGAAUAUUUUAUUUGGCAAGAUAUUAAAACUUUGAUUGAAUUUCAGCCUUGUACAAGCAGACGCUGUUAGUUUUAUUUUGUUUCAUCGCUGAAAUAUUACUAUGUAAUAUAAGAUAAUAUGAAUGUAUAAGAUAUUAUUUCACCGUUCAGACAUUCGACAGGAGUUUAGCUCGUGGCAUGACUUGCAUAUUUUGAUUUUAAUCCUUGAACUUUGUAUUUGGUUAAUACUUCUUUAACUUAGCGUUACCAAUAACAUGAUAAUCAAAAGAGAUUCGAAUUAUUAGCUUGGUGUUGAAUCAAAAUGCAGCCAUUUAUCCACCACCUUGUGUGAGUGAUCAUCUAUACUCAUUAUUAUUCAACUGUAUGAUACCAUUGUGAUUAUAAACUUCUAUACUGAUUAUAUCCGUCUGUUGGCACAUCAUCUCGACAAGUGAAUGACCAAAUAUAUAAUUUCAAACUACAAAUCUACUGGCAAUGAGUUACUGUUUAAGUACGGGUAUGGGUGUGUUGGAGUGAACACUAUAUUCUGUUUUCGAAUUCAUUGAUAUUUGCAACAACAUCGAUAUUUUUGCUUAAACUAAAGGGCAUGUCUUUGUUCUAAACGGGAAGCUGACAUACUUCUUUGGGAUUUCAUGUCUCUUUUCCUAAGAGAAGUGUUAGUGUUGCGAGUACAUUUGGCUUUAAAUCAUGUGUACUGCCGAUGGAUUUGAUACAAAGAGAAUGUGUAUCUAACUUGUCUAACUGCAACUUGUUAAUUCACAGCCAUAAAUGAAUGUGGGACACAUAAUAUGGAGACUUGUAAAAUACUCAUGACAUAACGUAUCAUUUGCGACUUCCCCGAAGUGAUGAGCUUUCAUUCUGGUCUGUUAUGUAAAAUUCUUAUAAUUGAUUGGAGUCAAGAAGUAAAAAGCGCAAUUUCUAGGGGAUCUUCGUUCUGUACUCGUCUUUUUUUUCUAAAGUGUGUCCUAAAUGAGGUAGCCACUUACCCAUUCCAGCUCCUGCCCUGCUGAACAAAGUCUGGGGCUGCACUACCAGAAAUAGUUACGAGUUCUUAACUCAGUCAGCCAAUCACUGACGGUCAAUCAAGCUAAAAUCGCCAAUCACAGGCGAGAAAUUGGCCGCUACGUGUACGUUCGAUUGUACGGGUCUUUGUUUGUUGUGCCACCUCGAGUCGCUCGCAAAAAUGUCCGUCUGCAAUAUUUCUAAUAUUUUUAACACAAAAAUUUAGCUAAA